AUGGCCCACAAGAGUACCGGUGUCCAGUCUGAUUGGAGUGCUUCCCAGUACUUGAAAUUCGAAGAUGAACGCACUCGACCUGCUCGUGACCUUCUCUCACGAGUUAUUCUUCAGAGCCCUGAAAAUAUCGUCGAUCUCGGCUGCGGGCCGGGCAACUCUACAGCCAUUUUGGAAGAGCGCUAUCCUACCGCCCAAAUCGUGGGAAUCGACUCAUCCCCGGAUAUGAUUAAGAAAGCCAGGUCAACUCUGCCAAAACGGGAGUUCUUCAUACAAGGGCUAGAGACUUACUCGCCCUCAGAGUCUGUGGACCUUUUCUUUUCAAAUGCCGUUUUUCACUGGCUCAAACGGGGAGAGCGGUUCGAAAUCAUUAAGAAACUGAUAGGAACUCAGCAACCUGGCGGGAAUUUUGCUUUUCAAAUCCCCUACAAUCUAUCGGAGCCGUCUCAUGUUCUGAUGCGAGAAACCGCAAUCAAUGGACCUUGGGCAAGCACAUUGAGCCACGUUGACCGGGAUGAGUUCCAAUCGCCCCAGGAGAUAUACGAUCAGCUCAAGCCGAUCUGUUCUGCGGUGCAUAUUUUUCAGACAGAUUACUUUCAUCCCCUUACUGAUCACAAGUCUGUGGUGGAAUGGGUCAAAGGAACUGGGUUAAGGCCUUACCUGGAUCCACUGGCACCGGAAGACCAAGAGUCAUUUAUGGAGACUUAUUUGGAAUCCCUCGAGAAGGCGUAUCCUAAGUCUGUCGACGGGAAGGUCUUGCUUCGCUAUCCUCGCUUAUUUGUGGUGACUGUGAAAGGAUAG